GCACAUAUGGCGGAGCGCAGCGCAGAGAAUGCUCGCGAAGUUUUCUAAUCGCGUGACAUUACGCGAAUUUCUACCAGAGCACGCGCGGGACUGCGCGCGGAUGCGCAAUUGAUUUUAGAUAUUAUUUCAAUGACGACAAUGUCGAUAAUACUUUGACUGCGAAAAAAGCUCUGCGCUGCGCUCCACCAUAUGUGCGCCGGUCCUAAAUGUAAGGGCGUUUGUGCACUUAUUCAUAUUCGUUUUCGUAAAAAUGCGAUUCAAAGUGACCGCCAUACAAAACGUAACGUACGCGGGCGGCCACUUUGAAUCUACGAAAACAAAUACGAACGACUCGCCACACGGCACUAUUUGCCGCCACGAUACAAAACAUUGCACAUGACGUGACGAACACCGUUACGACAUACGUUUUUCCACGAAUGACAAUUAUUCUAAAACCACACGCCAGUUGCGGCUUGUUUUCUUCAAAUUCGCUUGUUCAUAAUGUUGGAUCCCGAAUUUAACGACGGCGGCAUCUUGUUAUCCUACAGUUUGUCGUGGGUUGCGUAUCUUGAUCGGCAAAAUCGUGCCGUACGGUGGCUCGUGCACGCCCUAAUGUCAUCUCAUUGUCAUCUCUGGUUUGCAUUUCUUCACUCUGGUCUGCAGUCUACUGGGCCUUUGGUUAAUUAAUAAAACUUCUCAUUGGUCUACUGAACGUGUCUCCACACCGCACUGCUUUAGUGGACAGGUCUCCUUAGAGCUUUUUCCCUGGUGAUGACAUAUGGUGACCACCAUGAUUCAUGGAUCAUGAUAUUUUAAAUCAUUUAAUUAUUUCUCGCACUCCUAUUUCAAUAGCGUGUUAAUAUUUGUGGUAUUGUAAUUUGGAAAAAUGCCACAGCCACAAGCAUCUCGUUAAAAUAGUAAUUCAGUGCCACAUCGAUAGAUUUCAUGGCAUUUCAAAUACCUACGUAGUUAGGUACUCGAAGAGUAUUUGGAAAUGGAAAUACUUACCUACUAGACCUUUAGCGGCUUACACAAACACAAAGAAAUCGUGGUUUGUUUUCAUUUCAUAUUGUUAAAACGGACUAUUCAUUAUCACAAUAUGGACUAUUCGACUUUAGGCAGAAUGACGUUGGAUCAUUGCCUGAACAUAGAUUGUAAAUUUAAAAAAGCGUUCUGUCAGUUGCUUCUUAUCAGUCAUUUCACGUUUUUCGCACAUUUUUGCAAUUUUUGCUCAUAAAAAUACAAUAAAAUUAUUUAUCCGCCAUCGAAAGUAAUUUUUAUUCAUGUUACAAGUGCAUUUAUAACGAUAUCGUCAUAAUAUAAUACAUAACAGUGGAGUAAAUAUCAUUACAAAGCGAAAACGCCUUUCUAAGGAGUUUUAAUGAAUUUCGCGUGUAUAAAAUCGGUUUAGGACGUUAUAAGUGGAAAAUGCAAGGCAGUAACGAUUCCCUAUCUGUUUUGGGUCCAAAUAUGAGUGGUUCGCCUGCUGUUCUACUGACUCCUGGCCGAACGCGGAACAUAGCCCAGGAUAUGGAAGCGUUACGGCUUUCUAGACAAGAUAAUCCAUAUUUACAACAAGUGAUGGCGAGCAGGGAAAGUUUGAUAGACAGUCACGCUGAUGAAUGUGAAUCUGAUGAUACUAUAUUAAUGUCACAGUUUAUAACUUUUCAGGAAUUUGGUAGCACAGCUCUCAGUUUUGUGGAAGAUGACCCUAUGACACUCAAAGAAGUCCAUGAACAUUUAAUUAGGUCACCUCCGCCCACUAGUUGCUGGCCUCACGACUCUCUGUCGUACCGCGCGUCGAGCGCGUUCGACUUCACGGACGCGCCCGUCUCCUAUAGCGCUUGCUCCGUCAAUUCACACGAAAAGGAACUUCUCCCGGUCCGCUCUCCGCGCCGGGGUAACAGGAACGAGGAGAACAAAAAUAACAACACUCCAAGCAGACCCCGCUCUUCACGAUCAGUGUCACCGAGAUCACACGAUUUGAGCUUAUGCGGACGACCGCUGUCUUUACCAGGUGAAAGCCAUCUCCGCACAGCCCUUAGUAAAAAGCCGAGCGCACAACAAACUGAAAGGUUCUCCAUACUUCAACAUCCACGGCCUUUAAGACGACCGCACACCGGCCGACGCGACGACGAAAGCGUAAAAUUGGUUCAAGACGAUAAAUAGAGCAAAGUAAGCGGAGCAAGGACAAAUUCCUAUAAAAAAACUGCAGGUAGAAUUCUGGACGUCAAACACAUGCAAGUAGAACCGUGGAAACUAAGCAGAAUUCUUGUCAUGAUGCAUUUGUAAGUAGAAUUCUUGUCUGAUGAACUUGCAAGUAGAAUUCUCGUCGUGAUACACUUGCAAGUAGAAUUCUUGUCAUGGUUUACUUGCAAGGAAAAUUCUUGUCGUGAUUUACUUGUAAGUAGAAUUCGUGUUGUGGAUCACUUCAAGUAGAAUUCUUAUCGUGAUACAUUUGCAAGUAGAAUUCUUGUCGUGAUACACUUGCAAAUAGAAUUCUUGUUGUGGUACAUUUGCGAAUAGAAUUCUGGCGGAAGCAUUCCUCAUCUGCUUACUUGCAAGUAGAAGUGUUAUUUUCAUACAUUUGCAAGAAGAAUUAUUGAUGCCGGGAAACGCUUGCAAGUAGAAAUCUUGUCUUUAAGCACUUUCAGGUAGAAUUGUUGGUAUAGAUCACAAGCGACUAGGAUUCAUGUCAUGGUCUUGCUUAAUAAAAUUCUAGUCAUGAAAUAUUUACGAGUAGAACUUUUGUCAUCGCACUUGCAAGUAGAUUCAUGCCUAGAAUUCUCCUCAUUUAGAAAUUGACACAUUGAACACUUGCAAAUAGAUUUCUAGAAGUAAAAUACUUGUACUUGCAAGUAGAUUUUGAUCAGGCACUUGCAAG